AUGCAAAGAAAAAACAUUUUUUUUGGGCCCGACAACGCCCUGUGCUAAAAAAAAUAUUAUCAAAUAUAAAAUAAUCGUUAUUUGCUUGAUAGAAGGAGAAAUACAUAUGUUUAUAAAUAAAUAAAAUAUGAAAUUGUAUUGUAUGGCAUACAAAGUUAACUUUUUUUUAUAGUUACGUUACCGAAAAUGCGAAAGAAAAUGGAUAGAAAUAAGCUAUCGCGGUUUUUGUGCCGAUUUCCAAGGAAAUGCAAAUAAAAUGAAAAAUUGCAAUUGCAAUUGAAAUUCAAAAUAAGUUAAGGGAGAAAAACUGAUUUUCAUGGAUUCUCACGGAUUUUCAUAUCGCGGAUUUAAUCAUCAUUCGCCGUCCAUCGGUUCGAAAUGGACGGACCGGCGGUUUGGAUGGAUGGAUAAUAAAAAAAAGUAAACUUCUUUUGUUUUUGCCUCUUUUUUUUCGGUGCGUGUCGUCAUGUGAUAGAGCGAAAGAGAGAGAGCUGUCAAGAUGGCAAGAGGGCUGGAAAAAAAGAAGUGUGCAAAGCUGUUAAUUAAUGGAAAAAUUCGUUUCGUUUUCGAAAUUCGUUAAAAAAAGCAAGAUAUUUUUAUAUAAGCCGCACACACACACACACAUACACAUACACAUCUACAUCGAAUUGCCGAAAUUUACUUUUUGGAAGUGUUAAAUUGCCAAAAUCCCAAACACAACCAUUUUUUUCGCAUUUUUGUUGUAUGAUUUGCCCAAAGUGAAGUGAUGCAAAUAACGAAGAAAAAAAAAAAAGAAAAAAAUGAAAGAAAAAAAAUGAUAUCAAUAUGUUUCAACAAAUGAAAUGGAAAAUAAUAUUCAGUGCAAACAUCUUUUCCUUACAGAGCGCAGUGUGUGUGUAAAUAGAUAAGAUCAAAAAUCAAAGAGAAAAAGAAAAUCUCUAUACAAAUAUAUAAUCAAUUGAUUUACAGUGCAAAGAAAAAGUGCAAUCAAAAUAAAAAUAAAAAAAUGCAAUCGCAUUAAGGCAAAUGCUGUUGCCCCGUUGCAGCAACAACAGCAAACCAAAAAAAAAAAAGAAGCAACAAUUAAGUUAGUUAAACUUUAAGAGAAAAGUUACAAAAAAAUUACAGAAAUUAGUGCUAACUUUAAAGCGAAAUUUUUUUGUGGGGCACUUCCGAGAGAAUGUCGCAGUGCAAUAAUGUUGCAACUGUCGGCAGCAGCAACAAAAGCAACAAAAGCAACAGCAGCAACACGUUAACAACAGCAACAACAACAAAACAAAGCAAAUCAAUCAAUUCUGCGGCCAACAACAAGUGUUUAAGCCAAAAGAGUUCGGCAUGAAAUGGAAGCAGCUAUACGCUCCACUUCAGUGCAGGUCGGUGCUCCGCCGCCCACAAACAACAACAGCAGCAGCAGCAGCAACAGCAACAACAACACUAGCAACAAUAACAACAAUAGCAGCAACAGCGGCAGCAACAGCAGCAGCAACAGCAGCAGCAACAACACACCAAACGGUGCGCAGCAGCAGCAGCAACAACAACACCAUCAGCAGCAGCAGCAGCAGCAUCAUCAGCAGCAACGUGUUGUUGCCAGCAGCAACCAGCAACAGCAGCAACAGCAGCUGCAGCAACAGCAGCAGCAGCAACAACAGCAGCAGCAGCAGCAGCAUGAUAAUGGACCAACGUCCCAUCAUUUGCAUCAAUCAUCUAUCAGCAUCUCUAAUCAGCAGAAUAAAGCGACGCAACAGCAGCAGCAGCAGCAACACCAAAAGCAGCAACAACAACAGGCUUCCAGCAUGUCCGCGUAUCAGCAACGCCUGCCAUCAAAUGCAGCAUCCAUUCACAGCCCCCACUGGUCUUACAGGGCCCUCGAGCAGCUGCCGCAGUAUGCGAAGCAGGUGGCUCAUAUGCAGCAGCAGCAGCAGCAGCAGCAGCACCAGUCGCACCAGCAGCAACAGCAGCAACAGGACCAACGCACCAACCUGCAUCCGCAAAUCCAUCACCACCACCAACAGCAGCAGCAGCAGCAGCAGCAGCAGCAACAACAGCAGCAACAGCAGCAGCAACAGAAACAGCAGCAACAUCAUAUGCAGCAGCAGCAGCAGCAACAACCUUUGUCACCACCUCACCCACCCGGCAGCAGCAACAGCAGUAGUGCCGCAGCGGCAGCAGCAGCAGCGGCAGCGGCUGCGGCGGCCGUCAACCCCGGUUACCCGCCAUCAUCCGCAGCAGCGGCGGCAGUCAACUCCGGUUACCCGCCACGGCCCCCGCAGCAUCGUUUUAUCCAGAACACGGGCUAUAGCAUUGCCCCGGCGCCUACCUACCGAGAUAAUCCCUACUCGCGCCACACCCAAAUUCAGCAGCAGCAACAGCAACAACAGCAGCAGCAGCAGCAACAGCAGCAGCAGCAGCAACAGCAGCAGGCUGCAGCGUCGAUGCCCGAAUAUCAGAGGGCAGCAGCUCGAGCGGCUGUGGCGGCGGUAUCGGCGGGUAAAGGCAACGUUUCUGGCCAAAGUUCGAACAGCAGCAGUAGCAGCGGAGGUGGAGGAGGUAGUGCCGGCGGAUCAGCUCCACCCGGCGGCGGUGUCGUCCAGGUAUCGCAGUCCGGCGGAGUGCUGGUCAUGGAGGCCAUGCCCCACUAUGCCAGUCAACCAAAUAGUAAUUCCUCCCAGCAGCAGCAGCAGCAGCAGCAGCAAGGCGGCAAUCCCAGUGGCGCGGGUGCAACAUCUGGUGCUGGCAGCGGUGGAGGCGGCAGCGGUGGCAGCGUAAUGGUCGGGAGUCUGGGGCGCAUCCUCAUGCCCCACCCACAGGCACUGCAAUACACCAGCGAGUACCUGACCAAUGCCACAGCGGCCGUUGCUGCGGCGAUGGUCAACCAGCGACAGCAUUUGCAGCUGCAACAGCAGCAGCAGCAACAUCCGCCCGAGCCAUUUGGCGGCCAGCAGCCGUACAAGAAGCAACGGCUUAGCGAGGCCAAUGCCAACAAUAUGAAUCACCUGCCACCACACCCGCAGCAGCAACACCAGCAGCAGCAGCAGCAACAUCAGGCGCACCAGCAACACCAGCGAUCCUCACCAGCGCAAGUGCAGCAGCAACAGCAGCAGCAGCAGCAACAGAUGAACAGCAGUCGGCAGAGUCACAAUGACAUGUGCCGGCAAGUGGUCACCACGCCAAUGGGCAUGCAGCUCAAGGUGGAGACGCUGCCACAGCAGCAACAGCAGCAGCAGCAGAAGCAGCAGCAGCAACAUCAUCAGCAGCAGCAGCAGCAGCAGCAGCAACAUGGCUCACAAUCCCAGGGCCGAUCUCAGCCAGUGGUGAGCAGCAUGUCCACCGUGGUGAGCCAACCAGUGGGCACGGUCACCGUCUCCACGGCGGGAUUAUCGGCGAGCCACAGCGGCAGCAGUGGCAACGUUGCCGCCGGACCGGGCUCGGGAAACACGGGAUCCGCCAGCACCGAGGCCUACCAUCCUCAGGUGGAGGCCAUUUCGCCGACAUUGCCCAGCGAUAGUUCGAUUGAGGAGCGCGGAAGGACCAGCGCCAAGGAGGACCUACUCAUGCAGAUCCAGAAGGUGGACAAUGAGAUCAAGUCCGCGGAGACGACAAUGGAAACGCUGCGCAAAAAGGAGAAGUCACUGAUGGAGGAGGCCGCCCUGGCCAAGGAGCAGAGGGCCGCCAAGGAGGUGAACGACAACAACAAUGAUCAGGAGCCGGUGGUGGAGCUAUCGUGGCGCAGCCAAAUGCUGGCGGAGAAGAUCUACGCGGCCAAUCGGAAGACGGCCCAGGCGCAACAUUCCAUGCUGCAGAAUGCAGCGGCCGAGGAAUCCUCUCCGGGUUCCGUAGCCGGCAGACCCUGGUUGCCAUUGUAUAACCAGCCACUCGAUGUCGAGGCCCUUGCCAUGCUGAUACGCCAGCAUCAGAGUCAGAUUCGUGCGCCCCUGCUUCUGCACAUCCGAAAACUGAAGGCCGAGCGCUGGGGGCACAAUCAGGGACUGGUGGAGAAGUACACUAAGGAUCAGGCGGACUGGCAGCGACGAUGCGAGCGGAUGGAGGCCAGUGCCAAGAGGAAAGCACGCGAGGCCAAGAACCGCGAGUUCUUCGAGAAGGUCUUCACGGAGCUGAGGAAACAGCGCGAGGAUAAGGAGCGCUUCAAUCGCGUCGGCUCUCGGAUUAAAUCCGAGGCGGAUCUCGAGGAGAUCAUGGAUGGCCUGCAGGAGCAGGCGCUGGAGGAUAAGAAGAUGCGCUCCUAUGCGGUCAUACCGCCUCUGAUGCACGAUGCCCGCCAGAGGCGAUGCGCCUAUCACAACGAAAACGGACUUAUCGAGGAUAUGGUGGCAGUUCAUCAGCAGCGUAAGGCCCUCAACAUGUGGACCGCCGGCGAGAAGGAGACCUUCAAGGAGAAGUAUUUGCAGCAUCCGAAGAACUUUGGGGCCAUAGCCGCCAGUUUGGAUCGCAAAUCGCCUCAGGAUUGCGUUCGCUACUACUACCUCAGCAAGAAGACCGAGAACUACAAGCAGCUGCUUCGAAAGUCCCGCCAGCGGACGCGCAGCUCGCGUAAUCCAGCAAAGGCUCAGGCCGCUCAGCCGCAGUGCAUCAUCGAUUCGAUGACCACGGGCGUAAUGACCCGCCUGCAGCGCGAGCAGCAGCAAAAGUCCGGCGGUCGUUCAUCCGCCGUUGCCGAGCGUGAGCGUGCGGAACGGGCCGCCGAGCGGGAGCGUGUGGCGGAGAAAGCGGCAGCGGAUGCAGCCAAGGCGGCAGAAAGUGCCGCCGAGAAGGCAAGCGCCGCCACCAAGGCCGUCGAAGCAACGGCUGCCGGUGAAAAGGUGGCCAAAGCGGCUGCAGCAGCGGCGGCGGCGGCAGCAACCACAACCGCAACAACAACCACAUCAUCAUCAUCAUCGACGGCAAGUCCAGCGACAUCGGCAGGAGCAGCCGCAGAUAAAACGGAUGCCGGCAAGACGGCUAGCGCCAGCGAUAAGAAUGCAGCAACAGCUGGAGGACCAGCGGCAGCAGGAACUCCGGCAGCAGCAACCACACCUGCAACAGCAACAGCACCACCAGAGAUCUCAGCGGGCGGCGAGGCCAAGAGCAAAACCGCCGAGGAGGAGGCAGCAGCCACAGCCGGAGCAGCAACCGUGGCCACUGCCGGCACACCGGCAACCGGAGCGAGUGCGGCCAGCGCUGGCGAGGCGACGACGGCAACGGGCGCCACAGCGACAGCUGCCGCCAAGGGUGUUGGCAAACCGGAAACUGCGACUGAGCCAGCGGGAACGGCUGCAAAGGGAGCGGACUCUCGGGCAGAAGCCAACGAUCCGCUGGCCAAAACUGGUUCGAAGGCUGUCAAUGCCGAGGGCUAUAAUGCUAUCGGUGGCAAUAGCAGCAGCAAUGCGACAGGCGCCUCCGCUCCGGCUCAGGGCGUAACCUUGAAUGGCUUUAAGCCAGGCUAUCAAACAGUGGUCAUGGCCAAUGUGAAGACGUCCACGGGUGGCGAUGAUUCUGCCAGCGCUGGAGCAGCACCUGGAUCGGGAGCAGCAACGAAUGCGGCGGCUGCGACGAGUGGCGAUAAAAUCGUGAAGACAACGCCGUCAUCCAGGGCGCCAAAUUCCACAUCAUCGACGGCGGCGAGUGAGAGUAGUGCCGGGGUGAACACCUAUGGCCACACAGCCACCACGGCGGGCAACUAUCUUGGCCAGAAACUGAAGGCUGCCCAAGUCGAGGGACUGGGAGCUGGCAAUGAAUUGCACUCCGAUGUUAGUGAAUCCAAGAGGAAGCGCUUCGAACUGAAUUCCGGUGAGGCAGCUGGAAACGCAACGGCGGCUAUGACCAAUAGCAGCACCAGUGGCAGCAUGAACAUCAGCAAUAGUCACGGCCUGAAGGCCAAUGCCAAGGAUGGAUCGAUGGCCAAGACAUCGAUGGCAUCCACGUCGUCGGCUUCGGUUGUCGUCACAUCCACGCCAUCGUCAUCCGCCUCCUCCAUGCUGCUAAUAAGUGCCGCAUCCAUUAUGUCCACGGCAGCGGGAGCAACGUCCUCGUCCACGGCGACCACAACGGCCACAGCUCCGGCGAUCUCGUUGCCUCCAUUGGCGGAUGGAAGUGGCAACUCGAUGGUCAAUGCAAACGAGAUUCUCGCCCUCGAUGGCAAAGACAAACUGGCCAGCUGCUUUGUGUGCAAGGCGGAGGCGUGUCCGCGCACCCGCCCACUGAAGAAGGGGCGUGGCCAGCAGUACGGCAUUCCGGACGAGACGAUCCCGGCGGGAGCGCGUGUCUGCAAUAGCUGCCAAGGCAAGUCGGUGCGCAGCCGCUAUCCCAACUGUCCGCUGCCCACGUGCCCGAAUCCCAAGGAUCGGGCCCAGCGCCUGCGGAACAUUCCCUCCCGUCUCUUCGAACUGGCGCCCGAGGUGCGUGAUCCGGUGAUGGCCGAGUUCCAGAUACCGCCGCACGCCACGCGCUGCUGCUCGGCCUGCCUAAUGCGCAUCCGCCGCAAGCUGGAUCCGCAGCUGAAUCUCACCGAUGGCUCCAGUGGCGGUGCGGGCAGCGGCAGUGGCGGCGAUGAGACGGAUGUCAGUACCUCGUCGUGUGAUGAACGGGAGCCGGGCGGAUCCGAUACCGCUUCCGUUGAGAGUCCGGAGAAUCUGCAGCGGCACAAGUCCCUUACGAUGGUCAAGCAGCAACAGCAGCAGCAGCAGCAACAGCAGCUAUCGCAGCCACAGCCCCCGCCAGCUCCACAGCAGAAGGGAUCAUCUGCACGAGGUGGAGAUCAGGGAACACCACUGAUCAUCACACCGACCCGAAUGAGCAGCAAGGCGGGAUCGGGCGGGGGCCAGCCAGCGGGCGACAAUGAUCGCCUACUGCCACCCGCCGCUGGCCAGGCACCGAAGAAGCAGAAGACCAGCGAGGAGUACGAUUCCUCGGCCACGGAAACGGCGGAUGAGGAGAACGAGAACUCGCCGGCCAAUCGUCAGAGUCCCAAGGUCCUAUUCCACGGCCAUGGACAUGGACAUGGAGGUCAUGCCAAUAAUGUGGCGGGUCUGCAGCCGCCGGUGGCCAAUAUGGUGCCGGGUGGUGGUGUCCAACCCGGUGGAGCUCCAGGCCAACAGGUCAACGGACCGAUUAGUAUGCGACGCGAGGCGGUCAACAAUGUGCAGGAUUGCGUAUUCUCGGUGAUUGAGCGUUCGCUGAAGCACAAGGGCCCGCAACCUAAGGGCGGACAGGGCCAGCAGCAGGGUCAGGGGCAAGGACAGGGCCAGGGUCAGGGUCAGACUCAGGGACAAAGCCAGUCCCCAUCCCAGCAGCAGCAGCAGCAACAGCAGCAGCAGCAGCAGCAGCAACAGCAGCAGCAACAACAGCAGCAGCAGCAAUCUGCCAACAAUCUGGAACGCAAGGAGCUGACCAUUGUAAGGGAAUACCGCCAGGAUUCGGGUAUUCUGAAGCAGCAGCAGCAGCAGGCUGGCGGAGCACCGCCCACCUCGGCUGCCGGUAGUUUGCCGCAUGGCACCUCCGUACAGAAGCUAACAUCCCGACCAGCUGCAGUGGCACCACCGCCACCGGCUCAUCCGCUGACACCCACCAGCACAGGAUGUGCAGGCAGCAACAACGGAACCAGCGAUAGCCUAGCCACCUUGUCAGUGGUCAAUUCGCACAUGGGCGUGGUGGGGCAACUUGGUCAUCCGGGCCUUAUGGCCCAUGCAAGUUCCGCCGGAGGAAUCGGUGUGGACAAGGCCACCAUAACGCCGGUUGUCAAGAGCUCUAGCGGAUCAUCGAAGAGCGGCGGUACGUCCAGUCACUCGACGGCCACGCCGCCGGAGACCAUUAUCUACAAUGUGCCAGUAGCGCAUCCGCAACGGGGUAUUCCACUACCGUCGCAGCACUCGGUACAUCCUGCCCAUCCGUCGCAUACACAGCAUCCGGCCCAUCCGCAGCAUUCGUCGCAUGGUCAGCAUCCGCAGCUGCAAGUGCCGGAACCGGAGCCGCAAACGUUGGACUUGAGCAUCAAGAAGCCGCCGCGCGAUGGUCACUCGCCGCACACGGGAGCCGGAGGAUCUAGCUCGUCUAGCUCUGGAUCGGGUGGACCGUCCUCCUCGGACCGACAUCAUGGCCCACCACCGCCGACCAUGUCGAUGAAGCACAUUGUACGCUCUGGUGGCAUGUAUCGCGGUGACACCGUAACCGUUCCUUCGCUGGCUGCACCCAGUUCGUAUCUGUAUCCCACACCGCCGCACGGAGUGGUCAAGGCCAUCGGCGGCGGUGGCGUGGUGCCCGGUGUGCUGCCCGGUGUGCCUGGCAGCGCACUGUAUCUUCAACCAGUCCCAGUGCCCGUACCCAUUUCGAUUUCCGGGCAAGGUCAGCUGCCGCCGAGAGCUGGACAACCGCCCCCGGCACAGCCUCCAUCCGGCAGGGGUGUGGCCAAGGCGCCACCCAAGCUGAGUCCCCAGCAGGCCCACCACUUGCAUCCCAGUCACGGACACUCGCCAUCGCAGCAGCAGCAACAGCAACAACAGGCGGCUGCAGCACAACAGCAAUUGCUGGUGAAGAGCGGCUCGAUCACCCAUGGAACACCGGCCAACAGUGCCCAGCAACAGAUCAUCGUGCAUGCACCAGCGACGGCAGCAGCAGCACCCUCCUCCCUGCUGAGUCCCAAGUUCGAUGGCCUGGUCAGGCAAACGACACCAGAGGGAGUGGGCUCGGGUGGACCCGGAGGAGCAAGUGGCAGCGGCAAGCAUGGCUCGAUAACGCAGGGCACACCGCUGCACAUGCCGCCGCAUCAUUUGGAGAGCAAGCGGCCAUACGAGAGCUACUACAAGAGCUCCCAGCGCCACAGUCCCGCCCAACAACCGGGUGGCAAUCAGCAAUUGCCGCCGCCGCCGCAGCAAUCGUCUCCACAGGCGCCACCGCCCCAGGGCUAUGGUGUGGGUGUGAGCUCCCCCUAUGCCCGGUCGCCGUUCGGCGGCGUGGUGGAGCAGCCGCAGGUGCUGAGCACGCGCCAAAUCGUGAUGCACGACUACAUAACCUCACAGCAGAUGCAGGGCCAGCAGCAGCAACAGCAGCAGCAACAGCGCAACAUGUCGCGCGGCAGCAGUGCCAGUGGCGGUGGAGGCGGCGGUGGUUCCGACAAGGAGUCGCCCUCGCCACGAAACAGUGUGGGCAGCGCUAGUGGCUUCGCCUACGGCGGCGACAAGGAAUCGGCACCACGAGGCCGACCGGAGUACUCCAGUCGUGCAUCGCCAGCCGAUCAUGCCAAUAGCACUCCGAGUCCGCAUCGCACGCCGCCGCCACAGCGCCAAGGCGUCAUCCAGAGGCACAACACGGGCUCCAAGCCACCAUCACCCGCUGCUCCGCCACCGAGCAGGAUGCACAUGCCGCCGUAUCAAUAUGCUCCAAGUGGUCACGAUGCAUUGGCCUCGUUUGUGGACGUGGCCGUGCAGCAGCCGCAGUUACCGGUGCCGUCGCAAAAGGAUGACAAGUCGCCGGGUGCCGCACCAGCGCCGGGACAAGUGCCCGGAUCUGGUCCACCACUUGGACCAUCGCCUCUGCCGCCCCACGCUGUGGUCGGCGUGGCCCAGCCACCGCCGCCGACCGCACACCACGAUCAGCGGUAUCGCGAUCUGACCCUGCACCACCAUACCCUGGUGCAGCAGCAGAUUGCGCAGCAACAGCAUUACCGUAGCCUCAAUGUGGCGGCCCAGGUCGAUAUGCAGCGGCAGAUGGAUCAGGCGAAACGUGUGCUGCGCCACCAGCAGCACCAGGCCCAGCAGCAGCACAACCAUGCCCUGGAGCGGGACAGGGAGAUGCAGGAACGGAUGCGUGAACGGGAUCGUGAGCGGGAAAGGGAGCGUGAGCAGCGGGAACGAGAGCGCGAACGAGAACGCGAGCGUGAACGUGAGCGCGAGCGACGUGAACAGGAUCGGGAGCGGCGUGUGGUGGCCGAAGAACGGGAGCGCGAUAGUCGGCGCAUGGAGCGCAUGUUCGCCGGCAAUGUGGUCACUGCAUCAGGUGGCGCCGGCGGCGGAGGACCAUCACCUGGCCAGUUUCUGCGGACUUCGGUUCCGGAAACUGGACCACCACGCUCAAUCCCAGAUCGCGAACGGGAAUCGUACUAUCGUCAGGCACAUGGCGGUCCAGCUCCAGAGGAUACGCCCGGGCAACUGAGCGCCCAGAGUCUGAUCGACGCCAUCAUCAAGCAUGAGAUCAAUCGUUCCAAUGAUGCCACCGCAGGCCCCAGUCGCGAGUUUCCGCGCCCAUCGUUCGUCCAUGCCCCGUUGCCACCACGUGGAUCCGGAUCGGGAGGCGGCACCGGCACUCGAUCCUCGCCAGCCAAUGUGCUCCAUCCGAUGUACCUGCGCGAUCUACGCCAGCCGCUCGAGGGCGGAGCGGGAUCAAUGCUUACGGCGGAGAACAAUGGCAAGCCCAGCUCGUCGGGAUCGCCCAGUGUGAUUAACAUUGAUUUAGAUCAGGAGCGCAUCUCAGCGGCAGCCGCAGCAGUUGCCCAGCAGCAGCAGCAGCAAGCUCCGCCUCCGUCGCAAUCGUCGCAGUCCAGAUCCGUGCACGGUCAGCUAAGGACACCGACCUCGCAGGCUGGCGGAUCAGCGCCCAGUCCCCAGCAGAUUCAUACAAAGAGCAUUACCUUCGGGGAACUAACCGAUUCGAUAAUUACCAAUGACUACGGCACCAAUCCACAUCUGCGGCCCACGCCACCUUUUAUGGCCUAUCUGCAGGAGACGCAGUCCAUCCUGCCGCCGGAUCGCUGGAAGCAGAACCGUCGCAUGCAACAGAAGGCCGAGGAAGCGAAGCACCAUUCCCAGCAGCAGCAGCAACACCAGCAGCAACAUCACGCCCAGCAGCAGCAGCAACACCAUGCCCAGCAACAUCAUCCGCAGAUGCCGGGCACUGGCUCGGGCUCGGCUCCAGGUGGAGCUGGUCAGGGCGGAGGAUCGGGCGGCCCGGGUAGCGGUGGUGGUGGCGCCGGCAGAGCCAGCACACCUGGCGAGGAUGGACGCAACAUAAUUCGAAUGCCCCAGGCGGUCAGUCCGCGAAAAUUCAAUCAUGAUAUAAUGCUACAUCAUGUGAUGGGAACGACGGGAGCGGGUGGAGAAGCAGGUCAGUUCUUCCUACCCAGCCGUGUCGUGCUGCCCGAGCAGAGAGGAACGCCUAGCGGUGGUGGUGGAGCACCUGGCGGCGGAGGUCCUGGAUCCGGAGGCGGUGCCACCACCAUUGACAACUAUGUGAAGACCCGCAUCGCUGAGGUGAUGCGCGACGACAUUGGUUAUGGAAAGAACCGGACUGUGGAGGUGCGAACAGAGGAUGAAGUAACCGCCGAUAUGGUGGCCCAUUCGCACGCCGCCGUCCAUGCUGCACAUGUGGCGCACGCGGCCCAUGUCGCCCAUGCCGCUGCUAUGGAGUUGCAGCACAGGAGUAAGGAACCACCGCCACCAGAGAUCAGUGUGUCACGUAAGACGCCCAACCAAUACGAGGUGGUAGAUGCCAGUGGGCGGCGCUCAGCUGGCAGUGGUUCAGUUUCGGUCUCCGUUUCGGGCGCCAAUAGCCACCAUUUGCCGUAUCACCCACCGGCGGCGGCCUACGCCCCCAGCACCUACGCCUUCCCCUACAGCGCCCUGAACGUGCCCGGUGCCGCCGGAGGAUUGCCGCCCCACCAACCGUUGCAGCUAGCCCACCAGGCGGUGGCACCACCUGGUGCCUUUGCCAAGGCCAAGGCUGCACAUGCCUUGAGUGAACUGGGUGCAGUCGGUGGCGGGGUGUCCUUGGUGGUGGGCGGCGGCUCUGGGGGAAUUGCAGGCGGACCAGGUGGUGUCUCAGUUGGAGGCGGUGGCCCGGGCGGCGGCGGACCAGGAAGCGGUGGCGGCGGCGGUGGCGGUCACAAUUCCAGCUCAUCGCAAGCGUCUGCUGCGGUGGCCGCUGCAGUUGCAGCGGCGGCCAGUGAGUCCAAGCCGCUGCUGUUGUCCAAGUACGACGCCCUCAGCGACGAAGAUUAGUUGUGACUGCCGGCGUCGUCA